AUGUCCAAAUCUAACAAUAAUACUGAAACAGAUGGCGAUUUUUAUCCUGGACGUGCAGCUCUCGUGAAGUACCUGACAGAGUCUAAUCCUGAAGACUGGUCCUACAUAGAUUUUUUAACACUAAAUAGUGUGAUCCUUAUCGAUAUACCACCGUUUUUAGACAGUUGGAAUGCUCUUGAUGGUACGUGGACCAGAAGAUUCCUGCGCGAAGUGAUAGAGAUAGACCGAGAUUUAUACAAGGACAUAAAAAAUAAGGUAAUUUCGUUUCAAUUAAAUUGUGGAAAGGGAACCCCUGAUCAGCUACCUCCUGAUUCAGGGGUGGAUUUAGAGCAUGCCGACUUAACUAUAUGUCAUUUUUGGGAAGAGGUGAUAUCAAAAAGGAAUCGACUUAAGCUUAGAAAAGAUCUUGAUGCUGAGACAUCGCUGAAUCUCAUACCGUCAGACGAAAGUGGAGACGAUGAUCCAUCGUUAACAUUGGUUAAUGAUGAUGAAGAUGACGAAAAUGACAAUGUUCCUGAUCCGAAUGAAAUUCCCGAUUUAUCCCCUAGCAACCUGCAAGGGUGGAGUCUUCCUUCAGGUAGAUCUGUUGAAGAUAUCUUCGCAAUGAAUGUGUCUAUAAAUUCCAAAGCAUAUCGACAGAAGAAAAAGCAGACAUCUAUAGAAAAGGCAACCUUACGAUACAGUGCCUCAAAAAUAAUAGAUUUGUCCGCACAUAUGAGGGCUUGGUUUUCUCCUACUGAUAGGCAAUUUAUGACCAAAAAUUAUGAGACGUUGCUUACAGUCCCAGAACUGCCCGAUGAUGUCAACACGUUUAUUUUAGAAGUUGAAGAGAUGGUGCGCCAAGGCAAUUCAGAUGCUGCCUUCAAGCUAUGUAUUGAAAAUUAUGUUAGUUCACCGAUUAAUAGUUGUAUUAGCAAGUUCAAUGGAAACGAUAUGCUAGAAUGUGAUUCAAUAGGACACACGGAAGUUGAUAUUAUUGUAAAAACAUUCUCAUAUAUCGUAGAUGGGGGCGAAUCAUUUUGCCCUUUAAGCAAAUCUACAAGUUACACUAAAGGUAGAAAAUGUGAUGUACGUUUCUUGUCCUCAUCUGGAAUGGACCUAGGAGAGUGGGAAUUUUCUGUGCGUGCCACUGCUAAUAAAACAAUUUCUGAUCGAUGUCGUUCUGGCCGUAUCAACCAAUCAAUUUUAAAUGGUUUACUGAGGCUCGACUGGAAAGAUGAACAGAUAAAACUAGUAAAAGUACCUUUUGUACAGUUCGCUGGGGUUAAUGGUCAGAUGCUGAUAGAAGUUUUGAUGAACGGGUUCUACAUAAUAUUUCCGGGACCAAAAUUUCAGCUACCCACUAAGCUUGCUCAGAUUGAAAAGCUAAAGACAACCGUAAAGGUUACCAAAUAUAUUAUGGUAUGA